UCAUCUAUACACACACAGUUCACACACUGCUCUACUCCCCACCCCAUGGAGUCCGAUUCAGACUCCGACGGCUCUCACAUCUCCGCCACGCCACCUACUUCUCCGUCCAUCGCCACUGGCUUUUCGCCUACGAAGCUGCUUCGGGCCGCCGAUCUUCUCUCCUCCACCAAAUCGAGAACCAAAACCUCAGCUUCCACCUCAACCAAUUCAAGGACCAUUUUGCAGCCCAAUAUCUCCAAGAAAAACGCUAAACCGCCUCCUGGAACAGACGCAGUCGGACCCCAACCGCAAAAGACCCUCCCAGUCCUCUCUAAUUUGCCUUUCCAAAUCAAGAAAUCAGCGAACGAAGAUGGCAAGAAUGCCCCUGAUGGGCUUCUUCAUGGUGGCCACUGCGCCUCAAAGUUCGCGUCUUUCUUGAAGGUUCAAAAUAAGAAUCUCAACUUUGAGGCUGACAAUUCAGUUCAGAUGAAAAGCGAGGCGUCGGUUGAAAGUGCUGGUUUGGGAGAGGUCGUCAAGGAUGAGGUUGUUGGUACAGGGCUUAUGGUGAAAAAGCUGAGGAAAAAUCUUGGUUUGAUUGGAGGUAAUGAUUCUGAUGUGCUGACAGUUAAGAGGGCCAAAUGUGUUAGUGAAGGGAAUUUCGUGAAGCUUAACAUCAAUGGCUAUGGGAGGAAAAAGUUUACAUUUAAGAAUAAAAAAACGGGCUUCAGUUCAUCAAAUAGGCGUCAGAAGUAUCAUAAAAGUAGUAAGGGAAGUGCCGGAGGUGGACGCGAUGAAAGUGGUGUUUUAGAUGAAGAGGGUUUGGUUGUGGAUAUUGGAAAGGGACGGGAAAGAUCGAAAUUUGAUGCUGAGUUGAUUGAAGAGGCUGUGAUGAGGGUGAGAAAUGAGGCAUCGGACGAGAAUUUGCUGAAAUUAUUGAAGUUGACGCAUGGUUAUGAUUCAUUUAGGGACGGUCAGUUAGAGGCUAUAAAGAUGGUGCUUUCUAGGAAAUCGACAAUGCUUGUCUUGCCAACAGGUGCUGGCAAGUCAUUAUGUUAUCAGUUACCAGCACUGGUGUUGCCAGGACUUACACUCGUGGUGAGCCCUUUAGUAGCUUUGAUGAUUGAUCAGCGUGCAGCAGUCAGGUUGCUUUUUUCCUGGUGUCUUAAGUGUGUGCUUUGAACAGCAGAAGAGGCUUCUGAAACACUCCGGUUGCUGCAAGAAGGAGUGAUAAAGGUCCUUUUUGUUUCGCCGGAAAGGUUUCUGAAUGCAGAAUUUAUUUCCAUCUUUUCUCACCCUUCGCCAUUAUCUCUUGUGGUUGUUGAUGAAGCCCACUGCGUAUCAGAGUGGUCACAUAAUUUUCGACCUUCAUAUAUGAGGCUUAGAGCCUCCUUGCUCCGUGGUAAGCUUAAUGCAGGAUGCAUUCUUGCAAUGACUGCAACUGCAACCAAAAAAACAUUGUGUGAUGUAAUGCAUGCUUUAGACAUUCCUCCAGCAAAUCUUAUCCAGUCAGCCAAAUUGAGGGAUAAUCUGCAUCUGUCAGUUUCUAUAAGUGGGAACAGAAUGAAAGAUUUGAUGGCACUGCUUAAAUCUUCACCUUUUUUGAGUAUCAAAAGCAUUAUCAUCUAUUGUAAAUUCCAGUCUGAAACUGACAUGAUAAGCAAGCAUCUCUGUGAUAACAAUAUCUCCGCAAAGAGUUACCAUAGUGGAAUUCCUGCAAAAGAUAGAAGUCGUGUACAGGAUUUAUUUUGUGCAAACAGGAUUAGAGUGGUUGUUGCAACUGUAGCAUUUGGUAUGGGACUUGAUAAAAGCGAUGUUGGAGCUGUUAUUCAUUAUAGCUUACCAGAAAGUUUAGAAGAGUAUGUUCAGGAAAUUGGUCGUGCUGGGCGUGAUGGUAGAUUGUCUUAUUGCCAUCUUCUUUUUGAUGAUGCCAUAUAUUUCAAGCUUCGUAGUUUGAUGCACAGCGAUGGUGUGGAUGAAUAUGCCGUCAACAAGUUACUCUGUCAAGUCUUUAUGAGCGACGGACUUUCAACUGAAGGAAUUUGUUCAAUGGUUAAAGAAUCAGCAUGUCGUAAAUUUGACAUGAAAGAAGAGGUAAUUCUAACGAUUCUCACACAGUUGGAGUUGGGUGAAGUUCAGUACAUUAAUUUGCUUCCACAGAUAAAUGUAACUUGCACUUUAAAUUUUCAUCAGACUCCGCCUCCAUUGCUUGCAGCUAAAGAUACUGUGGUUGCGGCAAUUUUCAAGAAGUCCGAGAUGAAAGAUGGGCAGUAUGUGUUUCACAUUCCAUCGGUUGCAAAUAGCAUCAAGAUGCAGCCUAUUGACAUGUCAAAUCACUUGCAGAGUCUAAAGUUGAAGGGGGAAAUCACAUAUGAGUUGCAAGAUCAGGCGUUUUGUUAUACAAUUUUGAAAGGCCCAAAGGAUAUUUGUUCUUUAGCAGCGCAGUUGACAAAGUGGCUUGGCGAGGUUGAAACUUGUAAGGUCCGAAAAGUAGAUGAGGUGUUUAAUGCUGCAACCUUUGCUGCGAAAGUGUGUGAUAAUGCACAUGGUUGCCGCAAGGAUCAACAUACACCUUGUUUGCAAAAGAAGAUUCUCGAGUACUUCAACAGGGAUGAUGAUGUUGGUGUGGCUGUUCAGACGGAUCAAAACAGUCCAUUUUUGCGGGCAGAUAUAAAGGUUUUUCUCCAAAGCAACUCACAGGCGAAAUUCACUCCAAGGGCGGUUGCGAGAAUACUGCACGGACUUUCCAGUCCAGCCUUUCCUGCUGCUACUUGGUCAAGGACUCAUUUUUGGGGAAGAUAUGCGCAUAUGGAUUUCAGAACAGUAAUGGAAGCAGCAAAGCUAGAGCUAAUAAAUUUUGUGGGAAAGGAUGUGAACUAAGCAUCCUUUUCGCAGGUGUGUAUGCCGAGUAUAACACCAUUGCUGAAGAAUCACGCACGAACAUACAUACUUGGCACUAGCCACUCUGACUGCUCGUCCAUCACAAAGUUUUCCAUUAUGUGUAUAACCAAUUACCAGUCACAUGGAUGUAAAUAUGAUUGCACCUUGUGCAUAGCAAAGAAAGCUUGUACCUUUUUCACCAUAUUAGCCCUGUCUUUGUUGCUGAAGGUGACAAGCAAGGUAAUGUGAAAAUAAUGUUUCAUCCGAAGUCAAACGGCUAUUUACAAUUUCUGUAUUUUUCAAAUCGAACCAUUGCUUUCAUUCAAGAUCAACAAUAUUCUUAUUCUA